AUGGAUUCGACAACAGACAAGCAUUCGGUGCAAAAAACAACCGAAGUUAAAAAAGAAGAGCAUAAGGAACAAAAGAAGGAGAUUGGAGCAAAAGAAGAUAUAUCCAAGGACAAAAAGGAGGAAAUAAAGAAUGAGAAAGAAGACGAAAAGCUAGGGGAAGCAAAGAAAUCCACAAAAGAAGCUCCAAAUGGAAAUGAAGAGGUUAAAAAGGGAGAAAUAAGAGGUAAAAAGAGAGUGCAUGAAGCAGAUGCAAAAGACACUCCUAAAAAGGCAAAAAUAACAGAAAUUACAGAUAAAAAAGACGUCAGAGCCACUGAGACCAAGCCGGAAGACAAAAAAGAAGUCGAACCAAAGGACUCAAGGGCGGAAAAGCCAAAAUUUGUUUUUGGACAAUCCACAUCGUUUGGUAAAUUUGGAGGGUUUGGAGGAUUCGGAACAAAGAAGAAUCCAUUCGCAAACAAAGAAGGCGGAGCGAAGGCUGCAGCAAAGAUAUUCGGCAGCGGAUCAUCAUUUAACAGUCUAUUUCAAAGUACAGACAAAGGCACAAAGCCGAUAUUUGACAAACCGUUUACAGGAAAGGCAACAAGUCUAGGAAAGGAUGGAAAGAAGGAGGAUAACAGUGUAAAGGAUAAUGCUAAAGGAGAAGAUACCGUCUACAGGACAAUUCAUCUUCAAAAACAAGAUGUCAAGUCUGGUGAGGAAGAGGAGACUACUUUGUACCAAGUGAAAGCAAAAUUGUACCGGAUGGACUUAGAAAAGCUUUCCGAGGGCUGGAAAGAGAGAGGAGUGGGAAUCUUGAAGGUGAACCAGCUAAAGAAACCAACAGAUAGUUACAGAUCAAGGUUGAUAAUGCGUCAGGCUGGAAACUUGAAGCUGAUUCUCAAUCUUCCAAUUGCUAAAAACAUUAAAGUUUUGAAGGGGAUGACAAGUUCGUUUGCAGGUAAGAAGUUCAUCAGGAUUCAGACGAUUGAACAAGGAAAGCCAAUCCAAUAUGCUUUAAAGAUAGGGCAGGUUGAGAAUGUUCCAAAGGUGUAUGACAGUAUAGUAAGCGAGAUACCGAAGUGA